AUGGCGGUCAUCGCUUGGGUGGUGUUGCUGCCGCCAUCGGGGCCGCCGAGAUCGGUGCGGGCGGCCUACUCGGAGUCGCUGCUGCCGUGGCCCGUCUAUCGCAUCGGCAUGCCAUUGCUCGAAUUCGCCGACCGUUUCGCUCGAGAGAUGACGCCGCCUGAGAUGCGGGUGCCCAUGCUGGCUGGCGUCUGGAUGGAGAGCGUCAUCGUCUAUGCUGUCGCGAAGCUGUCCAUCUGCGACGUCAUGUGGUCGAUGAGGCAGCCAUCGUCGGUAGAUGAGGUCGCCCAGGGGCUGGUUGACCGCGGUGUGGUGACGAGCAUCCAGACGGGCCACCUGCAGCGGCUCAUGGACGCCGCUAUAGAGGUGGGCCUCUUCGCCAAACAGGGAGACAAGUAUGUCCUGACGCCGAGUGGCGAGAUGCUGCGGGCGGACCACCCGAGGAGCUCCCGGGCGACGGUGCUCUUUCUGGCGGGGCCUGACGGGAUGGCUCCCUGGCAUGCUGUCGUCAAUUCGGUGCAGACGGGCAAUAGUGGGUGGAUGGAGGUCUAUGGGAAAGAGAAGUUCCAGCACAUGCUGGAGGAGCCCGCACAGUGGCACACAUUCGACAGGGCACAGGUACUCAAGACAGGGACAGACAGAGGGAGGGAGGGAGGAAGGGGUGACAGCGACCUCCACGUGUGUGUGUGUGUUGGUUGGUCUUUUGUUUGUCAGGCAGCGAUGUCCAAGCUGUUGCAGCACAGCUUGUUGGCCGAGUACGCCUUCACCGGCCGCAUCAACAGGACGGGAAGCGACGCGGACUUCGUCUUCUGCGAUAUAGGAGGGGGCGAAGGUGCGCUCCGAUGCGCCUUUCAUACGUGUGUGUGUGGGGGGGGCCAAUACGUGUGUGUGUUUCUGUUGCUCGUGGGUGUGUGUGUGUUUGUGUGCAGGUGUGAUUAUGGCAGAGGUGCUGUCUCAUUAUCCCAAUGCCAGAGGUCUUCUGCUCGACCAAGUGAGCACACGCGCCGACAUCUCUUACUCCCUCCCUCUGUGUCUGUGUGUCUGUGUCAGUCUGCCCCCGUGGUGGCAGCGAACAAUCGGUUCGCUGCCAAGAGCUUGGCCGACCGCGCAAUGGCCAUCGAAGGCAGCUUCUUCGAUCCACUGCCACAAGAGUUCCAGGUGACUCACACAGACAUGAGCGAGAGACUGACCACUCAUCCACUCAUUGUGUGCAGGCAUGUGACUAUUUCCACCUGCGGUGGAUUCUCCACGAUUGGAGCGACCAUGACAGCCAUCGCAUCUUGUCCCGGGUCGCCGAGGCGGCCGAAAGAGGGGCGGCGGUGCUGCUGAGCGAGGCCGUCCUCGGCACCCAGCCGCACAUAUUCGAGCGGCACAAACGGCUGAUGGACCUUACUAUGAUGGCCUGGCACCAACCGGGGGCAAAGGAGAGGACGGUGAGUGCUGUGCGCCACGCCAUAGACACACAUGGCCAUGGCCAGCAGGGGUAUCCCUCCCUCCCUCUCUCUGUGUGAGUGUCUGCACAGCUGAGUGAGUUCGACAGUCUUCUCUCGAGCCUGGGGUACAAGCGCGCUGCGUACGUGGAGAGCCAGGGGCCCAUGGCCGUGAUGGAGUACAGGCGGCCACACACACACGGGCGGCCAGAGCACCACGGCGCAUCAUGAGCUACGCUGACAUAUGGGCCAUAGGUAAUUCGGUGUGGUGUGAUGAUCAGGGGGACGGAUGGAUGGAUGGAUGGCGAGGGGGAGGGAGGGAGGGAGGGAAGUGUACAUUCAAAGUAGGGAAGACCUCACAGGCAGCAUAUGACCGAGCUCGCUGGGCGGGGUGGGGGGCGAGCGCGGGGGGCGGAUGGGAGGGAUUCUUUUGUCUUCUGCUGUUUGUUUUCCUCUCUUUCUGUUUUGCCCUUUUUGUUUUGCUUCGCUUUGGAUUUCUUUGCUUUGCUUUGCUUUGCUUUUCGCUUUGGGUAUACAAACGGUAUACAGACGUCGUCGCGUGUACGGGUGCUAUCGUGUGUGUGUGUGUGUGUGUGUAGGGGUGAGAAGGAGAUCGACGCAGCUGCUGAUCCCUCCAUCCCUCGCGUACCGUAUGUGUGUAGGUGUGUCUAUUAUUUGUAUUGUAGUUCUUCCUUCUUCUUCUUCUGUGUGGGCGCCUUUUGGUUUCUCUUUUCGUCUUUUCUUUUGACAAGGGUAGGCAGGCUGGUCGAGUGUCUGCGCAGGUGGGCUUGCUACACUCCCUCGCCCCCCCCCUCUCCCCCCCAAUUACACCUUUUUGUGCCUCGAUGGAUUGCAUUCGUGGGCCUCCCUCUCUCACCUCACAUAACAUCACACGUGUGCAUCAGCAUCGCUCAAUCGCUCAACCAAGAUUGCUUGCACGUUUCUUUGUCACGAUUGUUUUGAGACGGGAGGGGACGGGACGGGAGGGGGCGCAACUCAGUUGAGGUGAGGCCGCACGGCCUGGGCUGCCUGAAUGAGAUAUGCUACACUGCGUCUGUGUAUGGCGUCUCGCUUUUUGUCUGCCUGUCUGCCUGUCUGUCUGUCUGCCUCGAUGGUGAGUGGCCGCACAGGGGAGGGAAAGAAAAGGCGUCAACUGGCUGACUUCAUCUGCCUGUGGCUUGGCCUGCCUGGGUCGACUGAUUGCAUGCAGGUGUGGUGUGUGGGGUGCACGUCUGUCUGUCUGUCUGUCUUCAUGUCUGUCUGUAUAUUCGUGUGGAUGGAUGGAUGGAUGGAUGGCCGGAUGGCUCCGUAAUGUCGUUUAUUAUACUACCCGUAUACAUAUACACAUUGACACAUUGACAGGGUAGGAGAUUGGGGCAGUGGGCCGGGGCGGUGGGGCGGGCGGGGCGGGGCGUGAAUGGCCUGCACUGUACAGUACUUCCUGUAGUGAAUGAGUGGACGGCUGGGUGGAUGGAUGGUCGGUCGGUCGAUGGGCCUGAUGGGUGGGCAAGGUGGCUUUUCGCAUUCCACAGUGGUGCACCACUGCAGACGUCGAAACACACACACACACACACACAGAGGAUGGAUGAGAUCUGAUUGAUUCAUCUGCAUGGAAGACGACGGACGACGGACGAGGCGAUUUUGAGGCUGGCUGGCCGGCCGCUGAGCUGACCGCUGCUGAUAUGAUUUUUAGGUGGUCGUGCUUUUCUAACGUCAGUUUGCACGCACUCGACUGCUGCAUACAUACACACCACUAAACUCACUGGAACACUCACCUGUUGUCACGAUCCCUUGACGACCUGCCUGACUGACUUACCGACUGACCACAGUGUGCUUGCUACCCAAAUCCUUACACAGACGAUCCGAUCUGAUAUAUAUAUGUCUGUCUGUCUGCAUCCGUGGACUCUCGCACUCAAUCACCAAUUCGAC